AGAGGAGUUGUCGACAGGCUGCAGCGCAGUUUAUUAUCUCUGAACUUUGACAUGCCAAAGGAGCAGUCUGUUACAGAAGGUGACAGAGCAAAGAACAAAGAAAAAUAGAGCACAGCGGUCGAACCGUUUCAAUACAGAGCUAUUUAGGGAAACUGCACUCUGGUAGUGAUUUCUUCUGGCUGAAGUGCUGAUGGCCGCGAUGGUUGGCAGUGUGUGUGUCGCUGUGACUCUCCUCAUGUGUGCUCCUGGAGUCCAAGCCAUGGACCUGCUGAGGGCUACUGAAGCAUCAGAGAACACUCCCUCCAUUCCAGAGGUGCGUUGCUGGUGUGCAAGCUAUCCAAACGUGACUCUUUGCUCCUGGCCUGAACCGUCUCACGCCCCACCAACACACUAUGUUGCUACCUACAGUGAGAGGCAGAGACAGCCGGUCACCAAUGAGUGCCAUCUGAUCCAACCUGGCUCUUCAUCCUCAUUUCUGACUUCUUCAUCAUCUUCCUCAUCUGAACGGGUCUGGCACUGCUACCUGCCCAACCUGAAACUUCUCACUGACUACAUCAUCAAUGUCACAGCAGUUUAUUCAGGUGGAUGCAGCUCCCAUCUAUCGAGCUUCAUGUUGGAGGAUAUCGUGAAACCAGAUCCUCCCGUAGACGUCCGGGUUUCCCCUCUUAAUAGCAGAAGCUUGUUGGUGGAAUGGUCUCCUCCCCCGACUUGGGCUAACCUGGACAUCAUCCCCCUAAAAUACCAGAUACUGUACCGGUGGGAAAACAGGGGCACCCCAAAGUCAGUCAGUCUGGGUCCGUUUGAGAGCACCAGGAUUGAGCUGAGGGGGCUGACGCCAGGGAGGCCUUACCUGUUCCAGGUGUGUGCGAAGGAGCUGCUGGGUCUGGGCGAGUGCAGUGACUGGAGCUCGCCUGUGAAAAUAACCAUCCCACGAGUGAAAGUGUAGAGGCUCCCUCUCACUUACUGUUUUAUUCACCUCUCUACCUAAGCUAGCAGUGAAGUAAAGCUGAAGAACUGCAGACAUCUUUAUUGUUUUAGCUGCACAAGCAAUGCAAGCAAUAAUUAUUGAUAUUUAGUCUUAUUUAUAAUAAUAAUAAUAAUAAUAAUAAAUGAAUAUUACCUGUACAGUGUGCAAUCACCAUUUUAUUGUCUUUUUGCUGUUGGUUUGUGUUGAUCUUUGAUUGAAACUGAUAACACUCGUGACUUUGUGAUAAGUGUUAAUUAAAGAUCAGUUUUUCC